CUCAGCCCUCGGUGGAAUGAGUUUGACACCUCUGUGAGCUAGAGGGUGUACGCACAUAGCCUACAUUUCCCGACAUGCCAAGUUGGUCCAGACACGCGUACUGUUGCUUAACUGUUUCAAAGGUUGUGUACGCGGAUUCCACUUUUCGGGAACACAGUGUUAUUGUCAGAUUAUUAUACGUGAGAGAAGAGACCGGCUCGAAGAAUUUCAGCUGGGGUUCAAGGAUCGAGGUCAACUUAAUAUACUUUUAUUUGUGGCUUGAUAUUAACAAUACUGUUAACCUUAAUUAAUUAAAUCAACCAAAAAUAUCGCUAACGUUAAUUUAUUGGCUACUAGUCCUUCUAGGCUAGAUUAGAACAUUACAUUUUCAACCUAUUAGGAAAAUGUUAUAUAACGGGUAAAACAGAUGAGUCAUAUUUGCAUUUAGCCUACACAGCCCUUUGGAUUUGUUCCGUAGCAUUGUCAAUGUGUUUGUAUUGCUACCUAUGUACCCGCCCCACAGUCUGUGCAGGGUUCACACAGACACACAGACAGACAGUGUGUGAAGGUGAUGGCACAGUAUGUGGGUAUAGCAGCAACAGGAUGAGCGGUGGAGCCCUGGGUAUCGAGAUUGUGCUGGUCUUCUUCCUGCCACUUUUUCUCCUGCAUCGCUAUGGACACUUCCGCAAGCAGCACCCACUGGUGCUGUUCGGGACCCUCCUGUCCUGGUAUCUCUGCUUCCUCAUCGUCUUCAUCCUUCCCCUGGAUGUCAGCACGACCAUAUAUAACCAGUGUAAGAUUGACAACGAGAAACCCAGGUCUCUGACCAGUUCAGACCCCUCUAAUCAGACAUCCAACUCCUCUGUCUUCCCUACAAGCACACCUAAAGUAUGUCACAAACCAUGGAGCUAUAUUCCUGAUGGAAUUCUGCCAGUGUUCUGGCGCGUGGUCUACUGGACCUCUCAGUGUCUGACCUGGCUGUUGCUCCCCUUCAUGCAGUCCUAUGCAAGCUCUGGGGGCUUUUCUAUCCCCGGUAAGAUUAAGACGGCCCUUAUCGAGAACGCCAUCUACUAUGGCACCUACCUGGUCAUCUUUUGCUCCUUGCUUAUCUACUUGGCUGCCCAUCCCCAGUGGCAGCUAACCUGGCAGGGUCUGCAAACCAUUAGCAUCGCAGCAGCAAACACCUGGGGGCUUUUCCUCUUGGUGCUGUUGCUAGGUUAUGGCCUGGUGGAGAUCCCGUGCUUGUACUGGAACUCCUCUCGCCACGGUUACCUGUUGGCCAAGACCUACUUCAAGGCGGCCAAGCUGUCAAAGGAAAAGUCAGACGCCGAGGAAAACAUGGAUGACGCCAUGGAGGAGGUGGCAAAUGUCAACGAAUCAAUCGGGUACGGUCACCCCCUAAGGAUCAGCAUUGACACUAUUUUGAGAAAGUGUCCCAUGGAAAUCCAGGAGAAAAUGGUGAGGCCGAACACAGAGGACAGUGAGGAGGAAAGCACACAGAGGACCUAUCCUUCCAAAAGGAGCCUAGUGAAGCUUCAUAAGCAAGUGAUCUGUGCUGGCCAGAGACACAGUCAAACCCAGGUCCAGUGGGCGAUCCUUCUGGAAGAGGCCUUCCAUUUAGAGGACGUGUGUAAGAAUGAGACCAAUACCUCCCAUCAGUUUGUCCAUAGUUUCCUCUCCUCCCAGCCACCCGGCUGGCUCGGCAAAUACCUGUACACUCCUACCAUAGAGUGGUACUGGGAGUGUGUGCUGCGACAGUGGUGCUACCGGAUGCUGGCACUACUGCUGUCUCUACUCUCUGUGGCUGUGGUGUGGUCUGAAUGCACGUUCUUCAGCACACAUCCUGUCCUCUCUCUCUUCGCCAUCUUCAUCCAGUUAGCAGAGAGUGACUACAACUACUUGUACAUAGAGAUGGCGUGCUUCCUCACUAUUUUGUUCCUGUGCGUUUGUGUCUACUCCACCGUGUUCCGCAUCCGAGUCUUCAACUACUACUACCUGGUACCUCAUCAUCAGACAGACGCCUACAGCCUACUGUUCAGCGGAAUGUUGUUCUGUCGACUGACUCCUCCGCUGUGUCUCAACUUCCUGGGUCUCAUCCACAUGGACGCCUCCAUUUCUCACCAGCAGAGAAUAGAGACAGCAUACACCACAAUCAUGGGCUCUAUGCGUCUCCUCUCCUUCAUAGCAGAUGGUUUCUACAUCUAUUACCCCAUGCUCAUAGUCCUCCUCUGCAUCGCCACCUACUGCAGCCUGGGUACCCGCUGCCUCAACCUCCUGGGGUUCCCACAGUAUAUUAGUCAGAGCGAUGACUUGACCUCUGAGCUGGUGGAAGAGGGCAGAGAGCUUAUCAGAAGAGAAAGAAGAAACCGACAGAGAAGCGAGGAUAGGGAGAGUCGGAAACGAGGAUGGAGAGAGCGCUAUGGAGAACAGCGAAAUGUGAGGAGGAGCAGAAAUGGUUAUUCCGAGUUAAAGGACAACGACUCUCCCUCAGACAACAGUGACAUUGCCCAGUUGACCAGGAGAGAGAGCGGGGAUCACACUGGGCUACUUCAGGACGUGGACACCACAAGCCUAGAUCCUAGUGAUUCUCCAACCCAGAGGUACGCAGGAGGACGUUACCUCUCCCUGGCGUCCUCUCGGACACCCAUUUUCAACAAUGUCUGAGAGGAGCCCCUGCUCAGAGGCUGUGGGACUGAACUGACCUUUCCUCAUUGCCCACACGGCUGCUAGAGUUCCAUGGAUAUUUUCUUCUUCCCUUUUGUCCUUUAGCCUGUUUGUCUGGAGAUAGAUAUUUAUUUAAUGCACAUUGGGAUCAUAAUGAAUAAGAUAACAUGGACCAGGGGGUCCUGAUCUGAGAUCAGCACUCCCAACUGUGGUUCCAGUAGUGCCCCAAGAACAAAACAUUGUCUGACCUCAGGAACAACUGUGACUUUUAACCUUAGGAACAAGGGAUGCAUUAGGGCCCCUGACCAAGUGCUUACCUUUUCUACCCCUCCUUUGAUUUCCGUUUGUGUUUUUAGAACCCAUUCAUUCUGUAACGACUACUCAGUCAUUUUAUUUGACCUUUAUUUAACUAGGCAAGUUAGUAAAGAACAAAUUCUUAUUUUCAAUGACGGCCUAGGAACAGUGGGUUAACUGGUCUAGGAACAGUGGGUUAACUGGUCUAGGAACAGUGGGUUAACUGGUCUAGGAACAGUGGGUUAACUACCUUGUUCAAGGGCAGAACGACAGAUUUUUACCCUGUCAGCUUGGGGAUUUGAUCUUGCAACCUUUACGGUUACUAGUCCAACGCUCAACCACUAGGUUACGCUGCCACUCAUCUCACAAUGCCUCUUCUUUGCCAGGGUAUGUAUGAGUUUUUAGGGUACAAUGAUAAUACAUGUCUUCUUUCUAGGAGAUUUUCCUGUGCCUUGAUUUUUCUGAAGUCAUAAUGGAUGUGCACCCUAGUUUUGCUCCGUUUUAAAUGGUUUUAUUUCCAUAAAUGCUGCAUAUUUAAAUAUCGAUGUCCUUUCAUAGAUGUACUGUCAUUUUUUAAUCAACAAGUACUGACUGCACUGUCGUUUUUUAUGAAUAAUAACUAAGCUCAGUGGUGUUUGAUGCUUGGACCUUAAGUGUGAGGAUGGUGUGAACCAUGUUAACCAGUAAGAACUGUGUGAGUCAAGGUUUGAUUAUGUAAAAUCCCCCAUUAUAUCUCAGAUAGUUUCAAUAAAUCAUCCCCCCCCAAAAAUGGAGAAACUAUUUUGUCAAAUUUCAAUUCAAUUAAAUGUAUGUAUUUGUAAAUUAA